AUGGAUUUUGCACCACAAUCAUUGGUUACACGGGAAAAAGACUGGGCUUGGGAGGACAGAAUUCCUGAUGAUUCCAGAACCCCACCUAGACAGAAGAGCCCGAAUCAAACACCUGUAAACAACGCCAUACAGCCUCCCCGAGACCUUAUAAGCAGAUUCCGAAAGGGAACGCCGAGAUCCCGUGGCGGCUGCAUCACUUGCAAGGCUCGACAUGUAAAAUGUGAUGAAACCAAGCCGUGGUGUAAAAAAUGUAAUAACUCCGGUCGACAAUGCGAAUACGCCGUUCCACCACCGACGAAGCAGACGAAGCGUAAAUCCGGGGCCGCGACCCCACCUGGAGUACAGACUAUGGAACCCGGGGUACAGAAUAUGGAGCCAUUUAUUAUACAGUACCAACCAUCUAUAGAUAUCCCCGGAAGCCAAAGUGAACGAAGGAGUUUCCACUUCAUCCAAGCCAAAAACCUUACCGAGACCUUUGGAAGAUGCGAAAUCGACUUGUGGGACACUACAAUGCUCCUGUACAGUCACAGUAGCCCUACGGUUCGAACAUCACUGCUGGCUUUAAGCGCCAUUUAUGAGGUCUAUGAGGCCAAGAUCUUCUUAGACGACCGGACUCCAGUGAGUUUCGGUUGUCUUGAAACACAUGCGUUUGAGCAGUACACCAAAGCCGUAUCAGAGAUCAUUCGAACCAGAAGAUCCCAUGCUAAAAAUCCAAGGAAUAAUCAGCAAGAUCUUCUCCUCGGAUAUCUUAUAUUCACAUGGAUGGAGAUAAUGCUGGGGAAUCUUGAUACUGCUAAAUGGCAUUUAGAUUCCGGGAUCAAGAUCAUGACGGACAUAGCGACGAACCCAGCGGCAGUUGCUGAACGGAGAGAUCCGGAUGAUGUGUACGGUGCCCUGCAUCGAUCGUUUCUGCGAUUGAAAUUCCAGACCACAGUCGGACUGCAGGCAAUCCCAAUGGUCGCCCAUGGUCCGCCAAAUCAGCCUCCGAACGUAGUCUUAGCAGCAGUAAACGAGCAAGAAAUUCCCACACCUACACUUAUGAUCGGGCCACAAAGUGCGCAAGUUCCCAAGAUGGAACUAACAUGGACACUCGAAGGCCGCCACCGCCAAUUCGAACGACUUCUACGAGCCGAUCAAGCAAUCAGUCUCAAGCCUCUCAACGCAGUUGAUGAAGCAGACCGAAAACGAAGCCUGGCUUUAGUUUACAUCAAAUUAUCUCGAGCGAUGCUAUCCCUCUUGACGGAAGCUCGCUUCCAGGGAGCAGACAAUCUACAAACGUGUCGGUAUAUUGAGAUUAUUGAUAUCAUGGAGGAUAUUGCACGGCGGAAGAUAUAUAUGGAGCCGAGUCCGACGUCGCUUGAUUUUGGGGUUAUUCCGCCGUUGUUUUUGAUACUGAGGUGGUGUAAUGAUUUCGGUGUCAGGUUUCGAGCUAUGGAGUUAUUGAAAUUGGUCCCAUCUCGAGAGGGUUGUUGGUAUAGAGACGAUAUUGUUGCAUUGGUAGAACAGAAGAGUCUCUUCUGGCCGGUUUGA